CGUCUAAAUAGUGAAGAAUCUUUUGAUGACUGCUCAUAGUUAGACUUAUCCUUUGUGAUCUUGACAGACUUACAAUGACCACUCUGUGGUCGUAGAGAUGUCAGCAAGCUACUGGUUCUCUUAUAGAGCCGUCAAAACUCGAGUACUUCUCAUUUCAGCUUUACAAAUCUGAAGGAUCCAAGAACGACGCGAUCGGCACGCACCGAACCGAAAACCGUUCCAGUGGAUUUGUCGCUUACCCAGUCAUUAAUGCCACUGAGGGCGGGGUGUUGCUCUGUCCGUGGUUACAUUGGCAGCAUGCAUGAACAGCACCACAACAACUCUAUCCACUACAUGUAUUAGCUGUUUGCUGUUGAUAUUAGCACCAGAGACAACCACUCCUUCCGAGACAAACAGGUCCUUCAUCUCCCGAUACCCUUCGACCAACCGAUCAAAGUAGCUAAUAGACGACAACAUCACCAUGAGCCUUGCUCGAGCCGCUCCCGCAGUCCGCGUCGUGAACCAGACGUUCUCGUCAUGUAGUCUCGAGAAGGGUACCACCCACUCUGCCAUGAGUGGCAUGAGUAUGUCGGAAGACGACGUUGACUACGAGCUACCCCAGGAUGUAGCUGAUCGAUUGGUGAAGCGCACGGAACUUCGUGUCUCGCAGGUGAUUUCUCAGUCCAAGUUUGUCCAGACGCACUGUGGCCUGUACGAUCUACCCAGGUUCGCCCAUGAAGACCUGAACAUUGGACCCAUGAUUGCGUAUGGAGGCUUUAGCAAUGUGCACGAGAUUGAAUCCUUCAAGAUGGAUACCCCAUUGGUAGAAGGAGACAACGAAGGCAAGAGAUACAUUAUCAAGCAUCUCAAUCCCAAGCUAGCCUUCAACCCCAAGAAACUAGUGGUGGGAGCCAAGGAUUUGGUGAUGGAGGCACACUUCUUGUCCUCCUUGGACCAUCAACACAUUAUCCGCCUCAGAGGAUGGUCAGCUUCGGGAAUCGCUGGCUUUGCAUCCACUGGACGAGCAGAUGGAUUCUUCCUCGUCUUUGAUCGAUUGGAUGCCACCCUCAGUAAGAGAAUAUCCAUUUGGCGAGAAGAAUCCAAGCGACGCGUCAAAACAUCCAUUAUCAAAAACAAUCGCAGUGCGGCUCGCAUGCAGCUCUUUAACGAAAGGAUGAAGACUGCCAUUGAUAUCUCGGGGGCCAUCUCCUAUCUGCAUUCAAAGAGGGUCCUCUACAGAGAUCUCAAGCCCGCCAACGUCGGGUUUGACGCCACUGAUUGUCUCAAGAUCUUUGAUUUUGGGCUUGCAGUCGAACUGCCGGAAAGCAAUGAUCCCAACCAGACGUACAACUUGGCAGGGAAUACUGGAACAAGUCGAUACAUGGCUGUAGAAGUUAUCCGAAAACAACCCUACAACUGCAAAGCCGACGUUUGGAGUUUCUCGGUUUUGCUGUGGGAACUCAUGGCCCUCACUAAACCGUACGAUGGGUUGGUGGGACAUCAGGUGAAGGAAUGUGUCUCGGUGUUUGGAGAACGGCCCUCCAUUCCCCGAUCCUGGCCUACACAGGUUAGACGGUUACUGCGACGCGGAUGGUCCGAAAACAUUGCAGAUCGUCCAACCAUGGAUGAAACCCAAGAAAUAUUGGAAAAGUUACUCGAGUCUUCCACCAAAGAAAAGACCAAGACAUCCUUCUUUGGAUCGUCGAAGAACAAGGACUAGAGAGGAGGCUGCUGGAUUUUGAAAUUGUAGCGGCCACAACAAUAAAAAGGUACACAACCACAACAAUAACCAUCAUAAAAUUUUAUAAUAGCUACAGCUCGGAACUGUAGAACGUAGGACUAUCUCAUGGUCGUAUAAGCAAACGAAGAUUUCGGAUCCUUUGUGUAUCGGUGAGAACUACACCGGUACCUAGCUGGCUAGUAGUGGUGCAACUGUGACUGCCGCCGGUCCAGCGUCGGGGCUCGUGGACAUUCCGGAGACCAAGCCGUAGCAGGAAGGAUGCAUGUAGUUGCGGCACAUCUGGCAGCGAAGGACAGCAGCUCAAGCAACAUACUAUAGUUCGCGAAUCUGGUUGGGGAGGCAUGAAAGUAAUUGUCAGGCCGUCGAUCGAAGCGUCUCGCUAGCUAGGUCUCGCGCGAGCACCACCUGCAGCAUAAAGGUCCGUCCCUGGGCUAGCACUCUGUCAGUGUCAAGAGUGACACCUUGAAACAGACGGGUUGACCUUGGGCUUGAAGGAAAAUCUAAGUCUAGCAACUGUUUGGCACGCUCGGUUUGGGCGCACGGUGCGUCUUUGCAACAAAGUGGUCAAAGCAAGGUUCUCCUCUUGGAAGACCAGGCAUGUUCCGUUGAAAGGCUUAGUUAAAUGUGGC